AUGAGAAGUCAGUCAGGAAAACGUGUCUUUGUUGUAAAUGAGUAUAUCAGAGAAAACAGAGGAGGAGGGGUGAUAAUUUCAGUACUGGCAGCUUCUGUCCUUGUCAGUCCAACAUUCAUCUCUCCAGCUGUAAACAUGCUGCUGCUGCUCCUACUGCUGUCAUCAGGUGUUGGCAAGGCUCAGCGUGUGAUGGGCCAGAAGAAUAAUGGCUCGUGUGUUUGUGAGGUGAACUCCAAAAUGUGGUCAUUCCCUGCUGCGAGUUACGGGGCCGUGCUGCAGCAGGUUCAGUCCUGUGAGGGAUCGCUGAAGAGCCUGCAGGAAAAGGUGGAGCUAUCCAGCCAGCGGCUCCCUGAGAUCCUGGCUCUGAUCAAGAAUUUGACAGACCGACUGGAGCCUCACCAGUACUUGCAUGACCAGGGCCUUUACACAGACUUGUCUCUGCACCUGCUGAGCCAGGAGCUCAGCCAGCUGGAGACAGACAUUGUCUCCAUCCACAGCCAGUUAAACAACACCCAAACACGGACACUCUCCAAAGAGGUGGGUAAACUGCGUGCAGAUGUAGUCAGGAUGAAAAUGUCAGACACAAUUAACAUGAAGACUGUCAAAGAGACACUGCGCUAUCUGAAGAACACUGCUGAAUCCUGCAAGUCAAUCCCCAAAGACUUCAGAGGUCAGCACCCGCACUGCCUAAAAGGCCUGAUGUCCAACAUUAGUGAUCCUGUCACUACCAAGGUCAGUCCCUAUGGUAAGAGCUAUAUAUCUGGAUCUUGGGGCAAACAGGCCCAGGUGGACAGUGAAGGGCAGAGGAACAGCUACUGGGUUCAGCCUCUGCUCAACAGCCACAUCUGGGGCAACACCCUGCGCGUAUAUCAAACCCAUGAAGACUUCAUGGCCUCCGCCAACCAUAGGGACUUUACCUUUGCUCCAUCCUACACUCACGCAGAUGCCAUUGAGGGUCCCAGUGCUGCUUUAUAUGGUGAAGCGCUGUACUACCACUGCUACCGCUCUGCAGAUGUCUGUCGCUACGACCUGAACAGCAACACUGUCAAGCGGGUGACACUGCCAGGAACUGGCGUGGGCUUCAACAACAAGUUCCCAUAUUGUUACUAUGACUGCCGGGCCAAUACUGAUGUGGAUAUAGAGGCAGAUGAGAUGGGACUAUGGGCCCUCUAUGCCACUGUCGGUAACCAUGGUAAUCUAGUGGUGAGCCGGCUAAUUUGGGACAAUGAGGCUGAGACACUUAAUGUCUCGCAGACAUGGGAGACAAGGAUUUUCAAGAGGGCAGUGAGCAACGCCUUCAUGGUGUGUGGUGUGCUCUAUGCCACUCGUUAUGUUGACGAAUACAGCGAGGAGGUGUUCUACGCCUUCGACACAGCAACAGGCAAAGAAGACAACUCACUGGCACUGCCAAUGGAGAAGGUAGCUAAAGGAGUGGCCAGCCUGAGCUAUAACCCCACCAACAGGAUGAUCUACAUGUAUAACGAUGGAUAUCUACUGGCCUACCAGGCCCACUUCUGAGCUUAAGCUGUUGUAACUGGCUAUUUCCUGCAAUUUAUUCAUGCAUAUCAUGUACAACAAGAAUUACACAUAACUAAAGGUGAUGCAGCUCAAUAUAUGUCAAACCAUAUCGUAUUAGCAGUCAGGUAUUCAAUGUUGUUAUUUGUAGAGCAUAUCACAUACUGUAAGUGGUAACAAAUGUUUGUAAUAUAACAGAAUGUUAUCAAGUUGGACAAUCAAUAAAAAUAAAUCACAUAAUAAAAACUGUAAAAAUUUACUUUAAUAGCAUUUUUCCAAUAGUGAAUAGAAAAGUGAAUGGAAUAUUUACAUUUAAACAAUGCCCAGAUGGAAUUCCCACCGAGCAUUUUUCGGUCUAAAAGAUGUCUAAUAGACGUCUAAUUGUCCUUAGACAUCUGGGCUAAAAUCGGUCUACCACUGGUCUAAAAAUUAAAGUUUUUUAGCCGUCUAAGCUUAGACUAGCCGUCUAAUAGACGUCUAAAAGACGACUACGUCUAUACGCCUUGUCUAAUCUUAGACGUUUAAAUAACCGCUAAUAUACGUCUAUUUAUAGACGUUUAAAGUUAGACGUUUGCCAGACGUUUAUUUUUAUACCAAAGGUAUACGCCUCGUCUAAUCUUAGACGUUUAAAUAACCGCUAAUAUACGUCUAUUUAUAGACGUUUAAAGUUAGACGUUUGCCAGACGUUUAUUUUUAUACCAAAUUUAAACCCCAUUACAGAAUCUAGACGUCGUAUAGACGUCUAUUAAACGUAUUAUCAUAAGGAUAUUCUAAUAAAUCCACCCAUUAGAAUCUAUUAAAUUAUUCACAACAAACCUAUAUUAAAGGAAAUUAAAGUUGUCAAAAUUGAAUGUUAAAUCAGUUUCUCUAAAAAAAGGGACCAAAUUUAACCUGUGAUCCUUACCUUGAUGUAGUUCCAGGAUGUUAUAACAAUUUAUUUACAUUAUGUGUUUUUUUUGGAUCUUUUAAAUAGGUUUCAGUAACACUAAUGUCAUGCUUAUUUUACAACUGGAUAUAAAUACAUCUCUUGAUGUUAACAUUAACCAAACUAUCCUACUGUAAUCUAAAUCAAUACAUUUUUCAAACAUUAUCCAACCAUCACAAACAUAUGAAUGUGCAAACAAUAUAUAUAUAUUUUAAUUUCUUAACACAUUUUUAAACAUGCAUUGCAAUGAAAUAAAAGCACAAACUCAAAUAUACAAUAUUACCAAAAUAAAAGAAACUUUUGGUUAUUUUUUUAAACAUUGUGGUGAAAAACUAGCACAAAGUCUAAUAUACAAAAUUACAAAAAUAAAAUAAAAAUCUAGUUAUUUGUAUGUAAAACAUUACAAUUUAAAAAAAAAAAAAAAAAAAAAAAAAUCCAGAAACUCUACCUGCCUGGGAUGCAUCAACCUAAACCAAAACGCAAAAAAAAAAAAAAAAAAAAAAAAAAAAAAAUUACACCAAUGGUGUCCUGGGCCUCUUAUAGCCCCCUCCACCACUUCGAGCUGGGGUCUGUUUAAAAUGUACGGCCAUUGCUGAGCUGAUCAUGUCAUCCGUAGCCUCUCUGAACGUUUUCCGAACAGCUUCUGCAAACAAAGCAAUAGAAUAAAUGAAGAAAAAUUGCAAGUGUGGUUGCCUAUUGUUAUACGUGAUGUCACAGAGAUAUUAUCCAAUAAGAAAAGGUACAUGGUUUCAAAGGACUUGACUCAAUGGACAUUGGGCACCACCCAUUUGAGACUUUGGGGUUACUCUGUAAAGAAUAAUGAAUAAAUAAAGUCUGACUAUAA